AUGGACGAAUACAACAAGCAACUGAAUUCCAAGAAUGAAAUGAUCAGAUUGCGAGAGCAAGAGAUCACCGAACAAAGCCGGGAAACAGCAAAAAGCGCUGCCUUCGAGAACCCCGAGUAUCACUUUGUCAUCAACAUCUACCUAUAUUUUCGUGAUGAAUUUGUUCUUUGGGACACCAAAUUAUCGAGCUCCUUUCCGAAAAUCGACAACAAUACCGACAUAGCCGCAUUUGCACGGCUCAUCUCCCUGCGAGACGUGGACAGCUCUCGAAACUAUUUCCAUGUGGCUAUCCAGUGGGUCAGGCGCAAUGGUAGCAGAUACUUCACUGCCAUCGAAGAGCCAAAGUCAUAUGAAUUUUGGCUCCAAAGUGUCCGCCAUGAGCUCGAGACUGCAAGUCAGACAGAACAGAGUGACGUCGACAACGACUCGAGGAUGAUGCAUAUCUAUGUCUAUGGCGCUCAGUGCAUAGGUAAAGCUAGGACAAUGAUCGAGAUCUUACUGGAUGACCUGGUUCUUUGGGACCCGUCGAGCUGUUAG